GGUAGUGGCGAGGCGACGUCGUCCACCUCUGGAGACGGCGAGACAGCUCCCUAUUUCCGGCGAAGCAGCAACAACAGCGCCAUCUAAGACCGGCGUAGCUCCCCCUCUCGCUGAAGUUCCGAAAUUGCCCCUGGCAAGCCAUUGAAGGACACGAUUCCUUACAUCCAAUGUUUAAUUACACUUAUAAAAAUCAUCAGUUUGGAGAAAUCAGCAUAAUUAAUCUCCUUACGGAUUACUGAUCAUUGUCAUUCCACCACAAAAAUGAAUCAUCAUAUCGUGUUAAAUUUUCCCCCACUUGGAAGUUGCGGCAUCUGAAUUCCAAGUCUUGGGUGGCAAAUGCAGGAGCUCAUCCAACAUAGCACCUCUCUCUCUGAUUUCCGUGCCAAGCAGCUGCCUUUUGGGGUCAAAUUUGAAUCAAAAGCUGUAAUCUCUAGCACACCACACUCUCCUCAAAGCUCGAGGCCUAAGAACCGGGCUGAGAAAAAUUCCAAGCUCUCCACUGGCAAGGGGAAAACCACAAUCUCAGCCCUCCGCAAAUUAUUCUUACAGAAGGUUCCUAGUUCAUAUACUAACCGUGUAAGAAAAACUGAAACAAGUGUCGAGCCUUGGAAGCACUGGGGCAAUGUUGUUUUUGUUGUAGCUAACAACAAUAAUGACAAACUCAAGCACAAUGAUUCCCAACUUUCAAGCUUUGUAAGAGAGACUUCUAACUUUCUAAGUCACAGUCACAUCUUGACACUAAUGGCCUCUUCUCCAUCAAUAGAGCCACCCAAUGGAUUACUGAUCACUGUCAAGUACCACUGUUGCAACUACAUCAAUUGACCAUAUAUGUUGACAUUUCUAAAAGCUCGUGAAGGGUUGGGCUU